GUAACCUAUUGCCUCCGUCGACUUCACGAGACCUUCUCUCUCUCUCUCUCUCUCUCUCUCUCUCUCUCAAGGGUACAUGAGUUCUACCCUCCACAGUAUCCUUGGAUAAAGGAAUUUUCUGUUGACCUUGACAGAGAGAGGGAGAGAGACAGAGAGAGAAGGGGGUAUCAAGUUUUGCUUAGGUAACAAACACGCAAUGUUAGCAGAAUCCAAGGCACCAUUCCCGCGGUACUUGUUAGUCCGUUCCGUUAUCAACGACUUUAUAUAUAUUCAAGUAGUAAACGGUGAACCCCCUGCGCCUGCCCGUGAAGUCAUUCAUACACACACCCCAACUACCAAAAUCUCCCCCACACCUCUCUGUUACUCCAGAAAACAGAGCUCAGACCCAACCCAGAUGACCAAACUCCUUGACACCAUUUUCGCCUACCACGGCGACGCUUUCCUCGCCGGCGUCGUAUGCCUCCUCCUCGUGAUCCUCUUCGUCCUCCUCCUCCACAUGUACGCCAAAUGGUUCCUAGCCCACGCCCGUCGCCGGAGGAGAAGAUCCAUGUCCGUAUCCCACGUCCUGGGCCCGACCCGGUUCCCCAGCAUAAAUUCCUUGACGUUCGACAUUACCGCUUCUCCCACCAAAGGCCUCGAGGCUUCUGCUAUCGCUUCGAUUCCUCUGUUCGUCUACGAUUCUGUUGUCGACCACAAUAACGGAUUAGAAUGCGUGGUUUGUUUGAGUUUAUUUCAGGAUCAGGAAGUGGGACGGAGAUUACCUGACUGCGGGCACGGGUUUCACGUCGAGUGCAUCGAUAUGUGGUUGAGUUCGCACUCGAAUUGUCCGAUUUGUCGGGCGGGGGUCAGGGUUGGGGGAGAGGGUAAGGUUGCUGGCAUCGAUUCGACGCCCAACGGUGUGGCGACCGAGGACUCAGCAUCGGAAGUUGUGGUUGAGGUUGUGAAUCCUUUCGACAAUGGUAGUAAUGGAGUGGAAGUGUUGAGUGAUUCGUCGGCUCGUUUAUCGUCGUCUUCUUUGUCGUCCCAAGUUGCGGCAACGGCUCGUUUGUCGACGUCUACUCGUUUAUCGUCGUCUUCUUUGUCGUCCCAAGUUGCGGCAAUGGGUGGAUCGUUGAAGAAAAUGGUGAGCAGGAAUAUAUGAGGACGGAAAAUUCACCCAUCAUCGUCCGAUUUUCAGGAACCAGAGGAUUGAGGGAAUCGCCUUGGCCACUAACGGUUUGUCUGUCUGAUCCUUAACUUCAAGCCCCCGGAAAUUAGUCGAGGUACGCGCAAUCUAGUCCGGACAUUCGGCUAUGUAAAUGGAGAGGGAAUCAAGUUAUGUUGAUGAAGCUUAGCUAUAUAUGUUUGAUACAGAUGUAAAUAUUUAAGAGAUUUGUUUGAAUUAUUGAUGAAACCUAAUCUUUUGCUA